GUUGCUUAAUUGCUCCAGUUGGCUGCACUGUUCUCUUCAGAAGAUCGCACAUGACACUUUGAGGUUAUGUUUACGUAAAAUGUCAACAAAAAUCGGCGAUUUUGCGAUUCCGGGCGACUUAUUCACGGAAAUAAAGUCGCACAAAGGGGUAACGAUAGUCGGGCCUGGGCUGCGUCGCAACGAAGAGCGUCCAAACAGUUUGUUCAUAACGCAACCGGGUAAAUUGUGUUUUAAGGCGCCUAAUGUGUACUGGAUAGAAGGGAGAAGGAAACGUUAUAUACCAAAGAAGGGUGAUUUGGUGGUUGGUAUUGUCACAAAGAAAGCUGGAGAUACGUUGAGAGUUGAUAUUGGUAGUGCUGAAUUUGCCUCGUUAAGCCUGUUGGCGUUUGAGGGUGCUACAAAGAAACAAAAACCCGAUGCCCAAGUGGGAGAUUUGGUUUAUGCCAAACUAUUGAAUGCUCAUAAAGAAAUGGAGCCCGAGUUGGUUUGCAUUGACUCGUACUCGAAGGCUGGGCGGUUAGGUUUGCUGUCAAACGAAGGUUUUUUGAUCAACUUAAGUCCCUUGCAAGCUAAUAGGUUGUUGGAUGUGGAUAAUAAUCCUUUACUAAGGACUCUGGGAAGGAAAUUAGUGUUUGAAAUUGCUGUGGGGGUCAAUGGGAAAGUCUGGAUUAACGCUAAGAAAACUAAGGAUGUUUUUACCAUUAUCAAAAGUUUAGAGUUGGCUGAGAAACAUAGUGAUAAAGAUAUUAUGCAUUCUUGUAGAAAAAUUAAAUAAAUUGUUAGUUUUU